UAAAGAGAGAGACCAGCUACAGACCAGUAAUAACAACCUGACUAAAGAGAGAGACCAGCUACAGAGGGAGACAGAAAUGCUGAACAACAAGAUCAAAGUAAAUUUGGCGUUGAAUGGCGUGGCCGCUCAGUCAUCACUGUAUGAGAAUCACGAAGCUUACGAAGCCAUUGAUGGGAAAAGCACACACCAUGGAUCCUGCACUCACACUCAGAAAGACAGCAACCCGUGGUGGAGAGUGGACCUGCUGGAUGUGUACAGAGUAACAGCGGUCACCCUCACCAACAGAGGAGACUGCUGUCCUGAGAGGCUUGAUGGUGCUGAGAUCCGCAUCGGUAACUCACUGGAGGACAACGGCAUCAACAACCCCAGAUGUGUCGUCAUCUCCCACAUCCCAGCAGGAGAGGCCCAUACCUUCCAGUGUAAUGAGAUGGAGGGUCGAUACGUCGUUGUGGUCAUCCCCGGCAGGUCGGAAUGGCUCACUCUGUGUGAGUUGGAAGUAUAUGGUACUCCUGCAGUCACUGGUCAGCAUUCCUGUGCAGAGAGAGACCAGCUACAGACCAGCUACAACAACCUGACUAAAGAGAGAGACCAGCUACAGAGGGAGAUAGAAAGGCUGAACAACAAAAUCAAAGUAAAUUUGGCGUUGAAUGGCGUGGCCGCUCAGUCAUCACUGUAUGAGAAUCACGAAGCUUACGAAGCCAUUGAUGGGAAAAAAGCACACACCAUGGCCUGCACUCACACUCAGAAAGACAGCAACCCGUGGUGGAGAGUGGACCUGCUGGAUGUGUACAGAGUAACAGCGGUCACCCUCACCAACAGAGGAGACUGCUGUCCUGAGAGGCUUGAUGGUGCUGAGAUCCGCAUCGGUAACUCACUGGAGGACAACGGCAUCAACAACCCCAGAUGUGUCGUCAUCUCCCACAUCCCAGCAGGAGAGGCCCAUACCUUCCAGUGUAAUGAGAUGGAGGGUCGAUACGUCGUUGUGGUCAUCCCCGGCAGGUCGGAAUGGCUCACUCUGUGUGAGUUGGAAGUAUAUGGUACUCCUGCAGUCACUGGUCAGCAUUCCUGUGCAGAGAGAGACCAGCUACAGACCAGCUACAACAACCUGUCUAAAGAGAGAGACCAGCUACAGACCAGCUACAACAACCUGACUAAAGAGAGAGACCAGCUACAGAGGGAGAUAGAAAGGCUGAACAACAAAAUCAAAGUAAAUUUGGCGUUGAAUGGCGUGGCCGCUCAGUCAUCACUGUAUGAGAAUCACGAAGCUUACGAAGCCAUUGAUGGGAAAAAAAGCACACACCAUGGAUCCUGCACUCACACUCAGAAAGACAGCAACCCGUGGUGGAGAGUGGACCUGCUGGAUGUGUACAGAGUAACAGCGGUCACCCUCACCAACAGAGGAGACUGCUGUCCUGAGAGGCUUGAUGGUGCUGAGAUCCGCAUCGGUAACUCACUGGAGGACAACGGCAUCAACAACCCCAGAUGUGUCGUCAUCUCCCACAUCCCAGCAGGAGAGGCCCAUACCUUCCAGUGUAAUGAGAUGGAGGGUCGAUACGUCGUUGUGGUCAUCCCCGGCAGGUCGGAAUGGCUCACUCUGUGUGAGUUGGAAGUAUAUGGUACUCCUGCAGUCACUGGUCAGCAUUCCUGUGCAGAGAGAGACCAGCUACAGACCAGCUACAACAACCUGACUAAAGAGAGAGACCAGCUACAGAGGGAGAUAGAAAGGCUGAACAACAAAAUCAAAGUAAAUUUGGCGUUGAAUGGCGUGGCCGCUCAGUCAUCACUGUAUGAGAAUCACGAAGCUUACGAAGCCAUUGAUGGGAAAAAAGCACACAAUGGAUCCUGCACUCACACUCAGAAAGACAGCAACCCGUGGUGGAGAGUGGACCUGCUGGAUGUGUACAGAGUAACAGCGGUCACCCUCACCAACAGAGGAGACUGCUGUCCUGAGAGGCUUGAUGGUGCUGAGAUCCGCAUCGGUAACUCACUGGAGGACAACGGCAUCAACAACCCCAGAUGUGUCGUCAUCUCCCACAUCCCAGCAGGAGAGGCCCAUACCUUCCAGUGUAAUGAGAUGGAGGGUCGAUACGUCGUUGUGGUCAUCCCCGGCAGGUCGGAAUGGCUCACUCUGUGUGAGUUGGAAGUAUAUGGUACUCCUGCAGUCACUGGUCAGCAUUCCUGUGCAGAGAGAGACCAGCUACAGACCAGCUACAACAACCUGACUAAAGAGAGAGACCAGCUACAGAGGGAGAUAGAAAGGCUGAACAACAAAAUCAAAGUAAAUUUGGCGUUGAAUGGCGUGGCCGCUCAGUCAUCACUGUAUGAGAAUCACGAAGCUUACGAAGCCAUUGAUGGGAAAAAAAGCACACACCAUGGAUCCUGCACUCACACUCAGAAAGACAGCAACCCGUGGUGGAGAGUGGACCUGCUGGAUGUGUACAGAGUAACAGCGGUCACCCUCACCAACAGAGGAGACUGCUGUCCUGAGAGGCUUGAUGGUGCUGAGAUCCGCAUCGGUAACUCACUGGAGGACAACGGCAUCAACAACCCCAGAUGUGUCGUCAUCUCCCACAUCCCAGCAGGAGAGGCCCAUACCUUCCAGUGUAAUGAGAUGGAGGGUCGAUACGUCGUUGUGGUCAUCCCCGGCAGGUCGGAAUGGCUCACUCUGUGUGAGUUGGAAGUAUAUGGUACUCCUGCAGUCACUGGUCAGCAUUCCUGUGCAGAGAGAGACCAGCUACAGACCAGCUACAACAACCUGACUAAAGAGAGAGACCAGCUACAGAGGGAGAUAGAAAGGCUGAACAACAAAAUCAAAGUAAAUUUGGCGUUGAAUGGCGUGGCCGCUCAGUCAUCACUGUAUGAGAAUCACGAAGCUUACGAAGCCAUUGAUGGGAAAAAAAGCACACACCAUGGAUCCUGCACUCACACUCAGAAAGACAGCAACCCGUGGUGGAGAGUGGACCUGCUGGAUGUGUACAGAGUAACAGCGGUCACCCUCACCAACAGAGGAGACUGCUGUCCUGAGAGGCUUGAUGGUGCUGAGAUCCGCAUCGGUAACUCACUGGAGGACAACGGCAUCAACAACCCCAGAUGUGUCGUCAUCUCCCACAUCCCAGCAGGAGAGGCCCAUACCUUCCAGUGUAAUGAGAUGGAGGGUCGAUACGUCGUUGUGGUCAUCCCCGGCAGGUCGGAAUGGCUCACUCUGUGUGAGUUGGAAGUAUAUGGUACUCCUGCAGUCACUGGUCAGCAUUCCUGUGCAGAGAGAGACCAGCUACAGACCAGCUACAACAACCUGACUAAAGAGAGAGACCACCUACAGACCAGCUACAACAACCUGACUAAAGAGAGAGACCAGCUACAGACCAGCUACAACAACCUGACUAAAGAGAGAGACCAGCUACAGACCAGCUACAACAACCUGCUAAAAGAGAGAGACCAGCUACAGACCAGCUACAACAACCUGACUAAAGAGAGAGACCAGCUACAGACCAGCUACAACAACCUGACUAAAGAGAGAGACCAGCUACAGACCAGCUACAACAACCUGACUAAAGAGAGAGACCAGCUACAGACCAGCUACAACAACCUGACUAAAGAGAGAGACCAGCUACAGACCAGCUACAACAACCUGUCUAAAGAGAGAGACCAGCUACAGACCAGCUACAACAACCUGACUAAAGAGAGAGACCAGCUACAGACCAGCUACAACAACCUGACUAAAGAGAGAGACCAGCUACAGACCAGCUACAACAACCUGACUAAAGAGAGAGACCAGCUACAGACCAGCUACAACAACCUGUCUAAAGAGAGAGACCAGCUACAGACCAGCUACAACAACCUGUCUAAAGAGAGAGACCAGCUACAGAGGGAGACAGAAAGGCUGAACAACAAAAUCAAAGGGAGACCCUGUCCUGAAGGAUGGAAGAAAUUUGGUUCCAGCUACUACUACACCUCCACCGUGAUUAAAACCUGGGAGGAGAGCAGACAGGAUUGCAACGAGAGAGGAGCAGACCUGGUGAUCAUAAACAGCAGAGAGGAACAGACAUUUAUCAAUGGGUUAUACGGACCGGGGAAUGAGACCUGGAUCGGUCUGACUGACUUUGAUACUGAGGGGACCUCCUGGAAAUGGGUGGACGGCACACCGCUGACCACAGCGUAUUGGAAGAUUGGAAAGCCUAACAGCUAUUUAGGGAAAGAUCAGGACUGUGUGGAGUUUUUCCACCGUUCAUCAGACCCAGGGGAGUGGAACGACGAGGAAUGUCACAAGUCAAACAACUGGAUCUGUGAGAUAUUGGAUUCUCAUACUCUCUGCACUGCUAACUACAUGUAACUGCCAAAAUAAAGGAAACAUUUCAGUAAA